CUGUCUUAUAUAAACUGUAGUUUUUUUAAGAAGAAAGCAGAAGGAAGCGAACUGUAUGCAAAGGUGGUGGAGCACCUUCAACUAUUGGAGAAAGAAUAUUUUUCUCUUUCUUUUGUAGAUGCUGAAAAUGUGAAGAUGGUUAAUGCAGGUAUUAUUGUGCAUUCGUUUCUACUUUUGCGUUUAGGUAAGGUGUACGAUUUUAAGUUUGAAGUCAAGUUCUACCCACCUGAUCCGACGGUUCUAAAUGAUGAUAUAGCGCGCCACCUUAUAUAUCUUCAGGUGUGUCAGGAUCUGGAUAGUGGGAAGUUAGUUUUCGUGGCUUCCCAAGCUUUACUUGGUUCCUGCAUUGCUCAAGCUGAAAUGGGUGACUAUGACUCGUCAAAGAAUUAUUCCGCGCUGGCUGAACGACAUUUAUUCACAAGAAAUGUAGCUUUGCGUUUUAGGGGGAAGACUGCGUCCGAAGCAGAAUCGUGUUUUCUGGAUAACGCCAAGCGAUUGUCUUUGUAUGGGAUCGAGUUUUUUGACGCUAAGAGCUCAAAGGAUUUCUGGGUGCGUGUCGGGAUAAGCGCGCAUGGAAUCGAUAUAUAUCGAGAACAAAUCAGACUACAUCGUUUCCUUUGGCAGAAUAUUAUCAAGAUUGCUUUUCGUUGGAAUGUUUUUGGAAUUAAAUUGCGGCCGGGAGAAUUGGAGAAAAAUAAUUAUGUGGAGUACAAGCGUUCUAAUUAUGAUGCUGCAAAACGCGUUUGGAAAUGUGCUGUUGAAAACCACACCUUUUUCAGAUUAAUUCAGCCAGACGAAAAACCUCAAAAAAAACUGUUUCGUUGGGGAUCAGCUAGGUUUCGUUAUCAGGGUCGUACGCAGUUCCAGUCUAAAAUGGCUUCUCAAAUGUUUGACCAUUCAUCUGCAACACUGCCUAGAGAUCAGAGUUUAAAUCUUCCUCUUCAAGGAGACAGUGGUUAUUAUGACUUUGACGAGCUAUUAAUUCUUCAUGUUAAAUUAUCUUACUCUUUUUUUAGGAGAACUACAAAAACACAGCAAGCAAAACAUACAAUACAGAAACAGACGUACCAAACGUAUACAGCACCUAAUGAAGAUGGAGAAGUGGGCAUUCAAACAGUUGAAGCUUCGCAACAGCUAAUAACACCUCUUGGUGAGGCAGCGGUUGUGAAUGGGACAGCACCAAUUAUUGAAACUCGGAGCCAUGUUGUUUCAUAUGAGUCUACCGACCCAAUAAUAGAUGAUAGCUACAAAAUGUCGGAUUUACCCGGCGAAUUGGUGUCCAGUAGAACAAUAACUUCUGGCAAUCGCACAUUUGAGACCAUUACGUAUAAAACAGAGAAAAAUGGUAUUAUUGAGACACACGUUGAGCACCGGGUGACAAUUCAUUCGAAGGGCGACAUUGAUCACGACGCCGAGCUUUGUCAAGCCAUUCUUGAGGCUACGGAUAUGAAUCCUGACAUGACAGUGGAAAAGAUUGAAGUUCGACAAGAGUCGCAAAGUUAA